AUGAGGAAUUCGCCAAUGGCAAACGAUUUAGAAUUUUAUACAAAAAGAUUGAGGACAGAAGCUGCUAGACAGCAAAGCGAUUCCUAUUAGGCUUUUGUGCCUGUUUAGGUAUUUGAAGAAAUCGUUAUACAAAUAAGUAGAAGACUAGAUAGCUUUGAGCAGAGAUUGUAUCAACUUGAGAAUAGUAACAUGUACAAUGACGACAUCCUUAAACUUAUCAGAGAGGAAUAUAAAUAAUUCAGUGGCAUCUAUAAAACAAGUGUUUCAGAUUUGAAAUCAGACAUCGAAAUUCAUAGCAAAUACAUCAAACAGCUAGAAAAGGCUCUUAAUGAUAAUACUACUUUCUUGAACGAUUUAUCCAGCACCAUAGCUACUAAAGAAGAGUUGAAUAAAACUAAUAGAGUAACCAACGACCAAAUAGAUGCUCUAAAUAAUGAGCUAUAAAAUUUCAUCAACAGUGCCAACAAAAACAACCAAUUCAUGGUAUUGAAGACCAAAGAAAUGGAAUUGCAGUUCGAAAAUUUAAAAAUAAAUAAUAUUAACUCACAAACAAAUUCUUAUGAUCUAAAAGAAAACUAUAUUGCCAGCAAUCAAACAAUGCAGAAAUAUGUAAAUGAGCUGAGAGAAGAACAAACAAUUAUAGUAUAGAAAAUUUAAAAAUCUGUUGAGAGAGAAAUGGAAUGGAUUAAAUCGAAUUUGGUUAAAGUGAUAGAUUUAGUGAUUCAGUAAAAAGAAAUUUGA